AUGAAGCGUAUCAGCGCCACCGAGCUGCAGGGCAACGUGCUCAAGCUGCCGCGUCUGCCCAUUCCGUCGGUUGUGGCGACGAUGGACGGGUACCGCUCAUCCUUGCGUGCACUAUGGUCCCCCGAGGUGACGGCACCGCACCUAGCGAAGCUGGACGCCUUCGUCAACUCCUCCGCCCCUGUGCUCCAGAGGCAUCUCGUGGACACGGACGCGGCCGCCGCCGAGUCGGGCAAGGCACCGUUCACGUACGUGGAGGGCCUCUUGGCACAGUCGGCCCUCAACAGCCGUUCGCCACAAGAGGUGAACAUGAACGCUAGCUUUGUUCUGCAGCAGGACAUCGCCGGAGGGGAUAGGACGCAGGCUGGAGUGGCAUCGGCCCUCACCUACGGUAUUGCGUGCUGGAUUCAGGAACUGCGGACGAAUGGUCUCUCCGUUCCGGCUGAUCCGGUUGCGCAGUACGACGUGUCGCCGCUCCUCACCGAGUUUGGCCGCAGUCUCAUUCCAUCGAAGGAGACAGAUCUGCUCCACACCACGCCACUGGAGAAGCUAAGCCACAUCAUAGUACUGCACGAUGGCCACCCUUACAUGGUCCGCGUCUUUGACGAGCACCAGCGCGUGCUCGACCGCAGAUUGAUUCAGAAAGCCUUCGAGCUGAUCCUCACCAUCACUCCCGACCAGGACAAUACGUCUCCUGUGUCGGUGCUGACAGCUGGUAGCCGCGCUGUGUGGGGCCAGGCAUAUCAAGAGCUCCUCAAGACACCCGAAAACGCCGAGGUGCUGCGCCUCUUCCACGAGAGUAUCCUGGUGGUGUGUCUCGACAGCAUGAAGUGGGGCAACGACGAGAGUCUGGCGGAGGCCUCGGCUCUGCACGGCAGCAAGGAGGAGCUGGAGAACCGCUGGUACGACAAGCAUCAGAUGAUCGUCUCCGAGGAUGGGCAGGUGGCGUUCAACUUUGAUUCGACGGCGAGCGACCGCGUGCACUGGGCCAAGUGGAUAGGCGACGUACUCUCUAUCCUGAAAGAGAGGGGCGUUGGCGGAGGGUCGACGGAUGGCAUCGACGGUGCUGCCGUGGGCCGCAUCGUACGCCACCUGAGCGUGACAUAUGGCAAGUCGUUCGUUUCUCACAUCCGCGCGGCACGCCAGGAGGCGCUGGCGAUUGUGACGGACACCGAGGUGCACUCCAUUCACCUUCCCUGUGGCAGGGCGCAGCUGUCUGCGCUGAAGGUAGAGCCGGAUGCGUUUGUGCAGAUGUGCCUGCAGUUAGCCAUGUAUAAGAUGCGCAACAAGCUAUACAGCACGACAGAGGUGUGCAGCACGGCCGGCUUCUUUCACGGCACCACGGAGCUGGUGCAUACGACGUCUGAAGAGAUGCUGGUACUGGCGAAAAACAUUGCGCAGCUUCAGCAGGACGGCGAGCACGCGGCGGCGCUGGACACGAAUGGCAAAGAAAUGCUUACUAAGGUAAUCCGCGCUACGAGCGACCGACACGUCGCCCUCACAGCUGCCGCAUCUCGUGGCAAGGGCUACGACCGCCAUCUUAUGGCUCUACGCCACGUUGCGCGGAUCAACGGUGACAAGGCCGCGCUUGCCUUCUUUGAAGACGACCUGUUCCUCAAGACGAGCAGGCCGGUGCUGAGCACCAGCCAGUUUAGCCAACCGUGGCUGCGGUACUACACUUUCGGCCCCAUGCAGAGCAACGGCUACGGCCUCGGGUACGUGAUUGAUGAGCAGGAGGUGCGCAUUUCUCUCUCCGCCUUUACGAACAGCCCGACAACGAACGUGGCGGACCUGAAGGCGGCACUGAUGCUGUCCUGCAACACCCUCUGCGAGGUGCUUAGAGGCGUGCCAGCCGGAAACACCGCUGCAGCAGAAGCCUCGAACUGA